AUGGCUCAUUUCCCACCACAGACUCGAGCGAGCAUCAUCAACCGUCCAGAUCUGGCAUCCCAAGUGAGAACGCUUCUGCUUGUGGAGACGGACGAGAUCAGUGGUUGCACCCCGGACUUGGCCCAGUUGCUCAGCAAAACAACCAGAAGACUCGGCGCCUCAGAGCAUGCCACAAUGCAAGAGCUGCAGACCAAAAUAUGGCAAGGUUUCUCGGGUCAACCGCAAACCUUAAUGCGCAUCCAGAGACGGAGAAUCCACCACUGGCUCGAAGAGCUCGCUAUUCUCCUUUCGCCCAAUUUAGAAAGACUGUUCAUUGCGCGUGACAGCUUUGUUCAAUAUGAGCACAUCAAAGAUAGUGGUGCCUCCUUCCUUGCCCUCAAAACCAUCACCAUUAAGGGUGUCAGCAAGAAUCAGCACGUACACGAGGCCUCGGUCCUUUUCAAGGCCGCGCCAAAUCUCGAGAGCCUCUGCUCAUUACAAUGCAGUCUAUUUGAUGGGAUCAGCCCGUGGACUACGACCAAACCAUGGAAUCUCAAACUCCAGACCGUGCGGAGGCUGGUACUGAACGACAUUGGAGUCGAAGAUCUGGAACUUUUGGUUAAAUGUUGUCCUAGUUUGCAGCAGUUGGAGGUCUUAGCAACGAAGAUCCAUUUGACUUCAGGAGUCAGCUACUGGAAUGUCGCAGAACUUUUGCGGGCUCUUGAGUCCGUCCGCCACGCACUAAGAAAAUUGCGUCUUUCCUGUUCGUCGACUCAGACGCAUGCAGAGUACUCCCGGCCGAAUAUCGGCGGAACAUCCUGGUCUUUCCGGCAGUUUGAUCAUUUGGAAGAGCUGUCGCUUGACCAGAAUGCUAUCGAAAGCCUUUCGCGGACUACAUCUGUCGAGGACAAUACAGCGCCUGGUUGGAGCUUGAUAGAGAUAUUGCCACCGUCAGUCCGCAAAUUCCAGCUCCUUCAAGUGAGAGAAGGUUUCAUGGGGAACUUGAGGCGCCUUUUUAAGGACGUCUGUUUCGCAUUGCCUUACUUAAGGGUAGUUCACAUCAACUUAGCAGAGUCCCGGCCGGUCAUGCGUGUUAUCAACGAAUAUGGUGCUAAAGACGAACGAACAGACACAGAACACAAAAUCCCCACACUCGAGCUGCAACUGCCGGACAACUUGCUUGUGGCGUUACAAGAUACAACCAAGGGUUCACAUGCAUAUACCGGUGUAACAUGUUAG